AUGGAUCUCUUGUGGCAGCAAACUGAGUACUUUGAUUCUAUACUGUCGGAAUGGAGAGGAGUGACAUCUGAAUGGGUGAAUGCAUCAAAGGGAUCAACAAACAACUUCAUAGAGUUUGUAACCUCACCCAACAACCCUGAUGGAGUGCUUAAAAAGGCUCUUCUCAAUGGUUCAUUAACCAUCAAUGAUCAUGCUUAUUAUUGGCCUCAUUUCACUGCCAUCUCAGAACCUGUUGAUGAGGAUGUCAUGCUUUUCACUACCUCCAAGCUCACUGGCCAUGCUGGUAGUAGGUUCGGAUGGGCAUUAAUAAAGGAUGAGAAUGUGUACAAUAGAACACUGAGAUAUGUGGAGCUAAACACUGAAGGUACAUCUAGAGACACUCAACUAAGAAUGCUGAAGCUUUACAAGGUGAUACUGAUAAUUACUACACAGAGAAUACUGGCUAAACUAGGAGGAGGAAAAGGUGACAUCUUUACCUUUGGUUAUAAGACAAUGAGAAAGAGGUGGAUCAAACUCAACCAAGUUGUUUCUUUAUCUAAACUUUUUUCUCUUCAAAAGCUACCAACUUCUCAGUACUGCAACUACUUCAAUACCACCAGACAUCCAUCUCCAGCUUAUGGUUGGUUGAAGUGUGAGAUGGAAGAAGAUGAAGAUUGUGAUGCGGUGCUCAGGGCUGGAGGUAUUAGUGGGCGUUCAGGAACCAUCUAUUCAGAUGAUAAAAAGCAUGUUAGAGUUAGCUUGAUCAAGUCUCAGGAUGACUUUGAUCAGCUGAUUACCAAGUUGACUGCUCUUGUCACCCAGACAAAAACAACAGCCUAA